AUGGCGAACACAGCACAAUUAAUCCGCCGUCAAAGCUCAAGGGACUUGUACGCCCAACGAUCCUUGGAACGGAUGGAAAUGAAAGAACUGCGUGGUCGACUUGUUACUUUAGAAAAUGGACACUCGCAUAGACCUAAGGUCAUGUAUGGCGCGACUAACCAGGCGUUUGAAGAUACCAGCCCCAGGCAGUCUUCCGAAACACCGAGUAAGGAAAGCUCUGUAGAAGAACGGGGUGGUUUUAAACCGGAAAAUGGAGAAGUAGAAAGAGAGUCAUGGGACAGCAAGUUAACGUUUUUGUUAGCUACGGUCGGGUAUGCAGUGGGUUUGGGUAACGUGUGGAGGUUUCCAUAUCUCGCGCAGAAGAAUGGGGGUGGCGCAUUUCUGAUACCAUACUUCGUCAUGCUGGCGAUUGAGGGCAUACCAAUAUUUUAUUUAGAACUGGCUAUUGGGCAACGUUUGCGAAAGGGAGCCAUUGGGGUUUGGCACCAGGUAUCUCCCUAUUUAGGUGGAAUUGGAAUAAGUUCUGCAGUGGUUUCCUUCAACGUAGCGUUAUAUUACAACUCGAUAAUAGCAUGGUGCUUGUUCUACUUCGCUCAGAGUUUCCAAGCUGAGUUACCAUGGUCGGAGUGUCCGAAAAAAUAUUUUAACAAUGGAUCAUAUACCGCAGAGCCUGAAUGUGCUGUAAGCAGUCCCACUCAAUAUUUUUGGUACCGAACAACUUUACAAAUAUCAGAGGAUAUUAACUAUCCAGAAACAUUCAAUUACAAGAUAGCUUUAGCUCUUAUCGUAGCCUGGAUCCUUGUCUAUAUGUGUAUGAUUAAAGGGAUUGCGUCUUCCGGAAAAGUUGUAUAUGUCACUGCUACUUUUCCGUAUAUCGUGUUAGUAAUAUUCUUCUUCAGAGGAAUAACUUUAAAAGGAAUGGGCGACGGUCUGAUCCACUUAUUUACUCCAAAGUGGCAGAGGAUUUUGGACCCUGUUGUGUGGCUUGAAGCAGGGACACAGAUCUUCUUUUCCCUUGGCCUAGCGUUUGGCGGUCUGAUUGCUUUUAGCUCAUACAAUCCAGUUGACAAUAAUUGUUAUAGGGAUGCAAUAAUGGUCUCUAUGACGAACUGUUUAACGUCCAUGUUCGCCGGAAUCGUCGUUUUCUCGAUUAUUGGCUUCAAAGCAACUAUGGUUUAUGAGAAAUGCUUGAGCGAGAGAAAUCAGACGCUUUUAGAGAUGUUCGGAUCUGGAUAUAGGGAUAUGGUGUUUCCGGAGGCGGGACAAAAUAUUACCGUUGGAUUAAAUGGAAGUUUGACUCGUUUAAUAAUGCCGCAUUUACCUGAGUGCGAUUUACAAAAGGAAUUGGAUAAUACAGCAUCUGGUACGGGCCUAGCAUUUAUAAUAUUUACAGAAGCAAUCAAUCAAUUCCCGGGCGCGCAAUUUUGGUCCGUACUAUUUUUCUUAAUGCUGUUCACAUUGGGAAUCGACUCACAAUUCGGGACCUUAGAAGGAGUGGUCACAUCGAUUGUUGAUAUGAAACUAUUUCCGAAUCUAAGAAAGGAAUAUUUGACGGGUGGAAUUUGCUUGUUAUGUUGUCUAUUAUCUAUGGGAUUCGCGCAUGGAGCCGGAAGUUAUAUAUUUCUGCUUUUCGAUAUGUAUAGCGGAAACUUUCCAUUGUUGAUAAUUGCGCUGUUUGAAUGUAUUGGGAUCUCGUAUGUCUACGGAGUGAAUAGAUUUGCAGACGACAUAGAAGCAAUGACAGGCCAACGCCCUGGAAUUUAUUGGCUAAUAUGUUGGAAGUACCUUUCUCCACUGGCCAUGAUAUCUAUCCUGAUAUCCUCAUUUGCGGAGCUGGCUGUGGAAGGCUCAGGAUACGACGCCUGGAUCAGUUCUGAAGGAGACACAGUAAGAAAGCCCUGGCCGGUGUGGGCCAUACUUCUGGUAUUAGUUCUCGUCUUGGCUUCUGUCCUGUGGAUACCAGGAUUAGCUAUUUGCAGGUACUUUGGCAUCCAAGUGAUUGAUGACGAGGAACGCGCCUGGUUUCCCGCAGAGGACCUUCGUGUUUUCCACGGCAUAGAACCGCACCCCGUAACUUCUCUGCAGACAAUACUCUUUUGUACCAGGCCUGAUGGCACUGAAGGGUGCUGCUGGCCUGGAUGCUGCGAAACUGAUGAUGAGGAAUAG